GGCCAUCGAAGAGCAUCCUGGAUCACCUGGCAGAAAGUACGCGAAACCCAAACAUGCACGGGGGAUGGAGGUCCGUAGCCAUUUUGGUUCAAGCGAUUCAGGCGACGUCAGCGCUCGACAGUGUUUUCUGCAAAAUAUCAAGCCCGAGUCUCAGCCAGCGCCUCUCUGUUUGCAGCUAUGGGUAUGUCCAUCAUCAGCAUCGCGCUCAUGCUCUUUCCCGCAGGGGCAAGACGUCAAAUCGACUCGGUAAACAUCCUCGCCCCAUGCGAAGCCGGUGCAUGGGUGCCCCACGAGGAUUGUUCCGGGAUCUGCGAUCAGGAUGGAGUGUGUGAGGUGGCGAGAACAUAUGCAGAAGUGGCUAAAGGCACGAAGGUAAAGGAAUUGCCGUGCACUAAGUGCGCCGUGCCAUCAGCAUCAUCGGACGCUCUGCCAUGUGAUGGAGACUGGGUGCCGAGCGGCUCUUGUGAAGGCGAGUGCGAUGCGAGCGGAAUGUGUUGGCACAAGCGUACUUAUGCCGAGGUGGCGAAGGGCGUCAAGGCGUACCAGGUUCCAUGCAAGUGUGACGAGAGUAGGGCCGCACCAAUUACCGACGGUGCAGGCACCUCAGACGAUUCGUCACCAGAGUCGCCUUCAUGUGAUGGCGUUUGGGCGCCAAGUAGCUCUUGUGAAGGCGAGUGCGAUGCGGUCGGGAUGUGUUGGUACAAGCGCACUUAUGCCGAGGUGGCCAAGGGCGUUAAGGCGUACCAGGUCUCAUGCAAAUGUGACGAGAGUACGGCCGCACCAAUUACCGACGGUACUGACGCCUCGGACGAUUCCUCACCAGAGUCGCCAUCAUGUGAUGGCGUCUGGGCGCCAAGUAGCUCUUGUGAAGGCGAGUGCGAUGCGAGCGGAAUGUGUUGGUACAAGCGUACUUAUGCCGAGGUGGCGAAGGGCGUUAAGGCGUACCAGGUCUCAUGCAAGUGUGACGAGAGUACGGCCUCGCCAAUUACAGACGGUGCAGAUACCUCACCAAUCUCAGACGAUUCGUCACCAGAGUCGCCAUCAUGCGAUGGUGUCUGGGCGCCAAGUAGCUCUUGUGAAGGCGAGUGCGAUGCGGUCGGAAUGUGUUGGUACAAGCGUACUUAUGCCGAGGUGGCGAAGGGCGUUAAGGCGUACCAGGUCUCAUGCAAGUGUGACGAGAGUACGGCCUCGCCAAUUACAGACGGUGCAGAUACCUCACCAAUCUCAGACGAUUCGUCACCAGAGUCGCCAUCAUGCGAUGGUGUCUGGGCGCCAAGUAGCUCUUGUGAAGGCGAGUGCGAUGCGGUCGGAAUGUGUUGGUACAAGCGCACUUAUGCCGAGGUGGCGAAAGGCGUCAAGGCGUACCAUGUUCCAUGCAAAUGUGACGAGAGUACGGCCGCACCAAUUACCGACGGUACUGACGCCUCGGACGAUUCCUCACCAGAGUCGCCAUCAUGUGAUGGAGUCUGGGCGCCAAGUAGCUCUUGUGAAGGCGAGUGCGAUGCGGUCGGGAUGUGUUGGUACAAGCGUACUUAUGCCGAGGUGGCGGAGGGCGUCGAGAAGCACCAGGUCUCAUGCAAGUGUGAAGGGAGUACAGUCUCACCGACCACGACCACUACGAGUAGUACGACGACGACCACCAGCACCACAGCCAGCAGCACUACUUUUUCACCACCAGCACCAGCACCACCAGCGCCACCACCAGCACCACCAGCGCCACCACCAGCACCAUCAUCAACUUCAAGCACUACCAGCAGCCUGGCUUCUACAAGUACUACCUCUUCUACAGUGACGAUUCAGUCCACGACGUCGACGUCAACUUCGACCACCAGUUCAGCAUCGACUACGGCGGAUGAUGAUGGGAGUCCCGGGAGUGCGCGGGCGAGUGGGGCGUGCGGUUGUACUCUCUUGUUCGCGGCAUUGCUUUGCGUCUCGCGGCUCUGAUUGGUGGACCGUAGCAGAGCGAGUAGUUCGACUAAACAAG